AUGGAGGCCCCCAUCGGGGAACCAAACCCGCCGCUACAAUAUCCGGGACCGGUACGGAUCCUGGUGCAAACAGUAACAAAUCUUGUGCCAGGAAAUGACUAUGGCCAGCGGGUCGGGUAUAUACGAAACAUCAUUUGCCAAUACCAUUGGAAUCGUGACUUUGAUGCGAGCAAAGAUCGUUGGAAUUCAUACGGUGACAACUUUGGCUAUGAGAACCGUAACUGUUAUUUCCUCAUCGAUCAUGGCGAAUCUACUGAAGAUCCGCCAAUUCUGUGGUACAAGUGGACGGGAAAAUCCCUAAUUGCUGUUCAGCAAACUCUGCCUGAAGAGAUACAAUCCAUGUUGGAAAAGUAUCCAUUCACGAGGCCACCAGUUCAACGCUCACGAAAGCCAACACCUGGACGGUAUGAUGCAAAAACAUAUCGCCAGAUUAUUCGGUCAAACCUUCGUCGCGAUGCCAUCAUUACAGAUGAUUGUAUUCAAUUCCUAGCAACGCAUCCAGAGGACGCAACAUGGCUCAAGGAUAACAUCGAGGCUCGAUUCUGGUCCAAGGUCCAACCCGUGUUGGAGUCCAGACAGGCAAAGGGCCCCGUCCGCGCCGAUCCGGAGCGCAGGUUGGCGAACCCGUCCACUCCGGAGCCGUGA